ACACUGGGACCAGCCCGCCGGCCGCCCCGAUAACUGUCUCCCGAAGCCACCAGGCCGCCGACGUGCGCUGGCUUCUGAGACAACGGGACUGCCUGCUUGCAUCUAUCAGCCAUUGCUUUUUGGGCGGCGUCUUGUUGUGUGAAGCUGAAGUGAAGCACACACGAAAAUAUACUCUGGCCCUUGGUGACGGUGUGUGUACGUGCGUGUGUGCGUGUGACGUGAAGAUGUUGCAUUAGUGUCACUGUUGCAGCCUCCUCACAAGCACUAGAAAAACAAGUGAGAGGCUAAGAUGAACGGUUACCGAGUGAGUGUAUCCCUCAUACGGGGACGCCGAAAAUAGUCCGCAUCUUCCGUGUUUCAGUGGCAGAAAAGAAAACACUCGCCGUGACAGGUCAGUGACACCCCACAAGCCUAAACAGCUGACAAACACUGCAAGAUUCGCUCACCUCUACACGGGCUGAGGCGACGUAGAGGUUGGGAGGCAGAGUCUUGUUUGUGCAUUGGCUGAAGAAGUUACUCCGCCAAGAACAGCAACGGCGGCAGGAGAGAAGGAAGAAGAGGAGGAGGAGGAGAACGAAACUGUAAUAGUGAAGCUGGUUUUGCGAUAGUAGAGAAGUAGAAAUUGAAGUGCGCGUUUGGAAAGAAUAUUGAGAGGAGGAGGUGGAGACAAAGGGAGCUGCCGAGUGAAGAAACGACUUAACCGAGAGCAGCGAUAGUAAAAGAAAAGGAGGAGGAGAAGGAAAAGAAAACGUUGUCGAGGGAAGAAACUAUUUAACAGAGAACAACAAUAGUAAAAGCAUUGAAAAGAAGGAGAAAAAGGAAGGAAAAAGUAAACUGGCGAGUGAAGAAAUUGUUUAAACGGAGAAAAGGAAUAGAAAAAGGAAGAGAAAAGGAGAAAAGUAAACUGUCGAGUGAAGAAAUUGUUUAAACGGAGGAAAGGAAGGAGUAAAAGGAAGAAAAAAGAAAGCCGUGUCGUGUAGUGAAGUGCAGUGCCUAUCAUACGUGCUUGGAAGGUGAAGAGUGAGAAUCGAGGCGCGGACGAGAUGGCCAAGCUCCUCAACAUCCUCCUGCAGCGCUCCAAUGACUCCAUCCCGUGGGGCUUCCGAAUUCAGGGCGGGGCAGACUUCCAGAAGCCCAUCACCAUACAGCGGGUGACCCCCGGGACGCUGGGGGCGCAGCACCUGGAUGUGGGGGACACCAUCAUCAUGAUCGAGGGCCGCGACGCCCGCACACUCUGCCACUUCGACGCCUACGACCUCAUCAAGGCAGCAGGGAACCGCGUGGAGCUGACGGUGCGGAAGGGAACCUCACAGGACCUAGCGGAGGAAUACCUGGAUCACCAAGAGAAACUAGAGCAGAAAAUAGUUGAGGAGCGCCAGUGCAGGGCAAGGACGGUGUGUUCUCCUGCCCUCACCUCCUCCCCACAGCCUUCCCAACGGUACCCAUCUCCACUUCACCUGGGCUCUCCCACCCGGGGCCUCACGUCUCCGUCCCGCCUCUCAGAGUCACCCGUCAGGCAGGUUUCGUCGCCGCCCGUGCAGAUAACCACUCCGUCCUCGCAGUUCGUCACGCCGCCAGACCUGUCCUCGCCGAGCCACGUGCCAUCCUCCCCCACCUCUACCUCCGUCACGUCUGUCUACUCCACGCCCACUGAACCUUUCUCGCCCCGCGCACAGAUGGUUUCUCCGCCUCAUUUCCUCCUUCGAAAGACGCAUCUCUAUUUUCAGCCGCAGUCACCAACGCCACAUGUACAGACACAGCCACAAACACAACAGCACCCACAGGCAUUGAUGCAACCCGAACCAUUACCACAGUCACCAGCGUUGCAGCAGCCACAGGAGCAGCUGGUAAGUGAGAGCGAAGAGGAGCCGCCACUGUCCCCAAGUUACAACUCCCCGAACCUCUCACAUAGACUCCAGCAGUUUCAGUUCCAGCAGGGCACGCAGAUGCACUCCAUGAGCCAGUCAACCUUCCACAGUUACCAGCAGACGACCCAUCACGAGUCACAGUCGGUGCACCACAGCGUCCAGAACUCACAGUCUUCGUCGCAGCUCCCGCCGACCCCCAGGACUGUUUUACCCAAGGACACUCGAGAAGAGACAAUGGAGGUUCAGGACCCACAGCUGCUGACGGAGGAACAGAAGAGGAGACAGCUUCAGCAGCUCAUCCUGGAAAAGCGGCGGCUGGAGGAGAUGAUGAUGAUAGCCAAGAGAAGGGAGUCCACGCCCACCCGCCAGUCGCCCAUCCUCCGCCAGUCACCAGUCCCGCGGCACACGCAUUUCCAUCAUCAGCAGUCCCCCGGUCCCCGCCAGCCCCCACUUCUCCCGCAGUCCCCCGGUCCCCGACAGUCACCGAUUUCUUUCCAGUCGCCCAUUCCUUUCCAAGUGCCACCUCUGCCUCAAUCGCCGAUCUCAAAAGAGCCUCCGUCAUCUGACCAAGAGGGCGCGGGGGCCGUGGCGAAGAUGGCGCAACACUCCAGCCCCGGCCAGGCGGCGCCACCAGCAAGCUUCACUCAGAUGGAAGCAGUGACCAAAGAGUCGUCGUUUUCCUUCAAAGUCUCGUCUGUCGGCAAGAACGACGCUCCGCCGGCUGAAGGGAAGGAUACAGGUACCAAAAAAGAGUCGCCGCCGAAGAGAGAGAACGAAGAGAAACUGAGAGAAGAAAACCGAGUCCGCGAUGACCAGAUCAGGAAGAUGCAAGAGAGGAAACUAGAGGAGAAGAGGAAAAAGGGAGCUGCAAGGCGGACCGGCAGCCAGUCUUCCUCCGACGGCCAGAACAAGGCUUCCCGCGAGGCUCGGCGACUCAGGUCUGAGGAGAGGCGGGCGCACGAGCAGGCGAAUGUAGCAAAGAGGCGGUCUGACGGCAGCACUGAGGGGGAACAACCACUCACGGAGGCACAGGUGGCGGCGGCAGAGCAGAAGAGGAGGGAUCAGCGAGCGGCGCACACUGAGAAGAAGAAACAGGAAGCACGGAGGAAGAUAGAGGAGCAGAAGAGAAGGGACGAGGAGAGAACGAAGGGCUUACAGGAGCAGAAGAAACACUACGAGCAGAUUGCCGAGCAGGAGAGGAAGAAGUUCGAGGAGAAAGUCAGGCAGGAGGAAAAGAGGCGUAUUCAGGAGCAGUUUAAAAGAGACCAGCUGAGGAUACAGGAAGAAAUGAAGCGAAGGGAAGAAAGGAAACUGGAAGAGAAGAGAAGAAAGGAGCAGGAGGAGCAGAGGAGAAAGGAGCUGAUGGAAGAACAGAAAAGGUUAGAAGAAGAGAAAGCGCAGGAAGAGAAGAUGAAAGAGGAACAGAUAAGAGCCACCGAACUGAGGAGGAAGCUGGAGGAAGCGAAGAAGAGAGAAGAGGAGAAGAGGUUGGCGGAGCAGCGGUGGCGGGAGGAGCAGAUGAGAAUGGAGGAGGAAAGGAGAAGAGAGGAAGAGAGGAAAAGAGAGGAAAUGAGGAGAGAAGAGGCGAGAAGAAGGGAAGAGGAAAGAAGGAAAGAGGAGGAAAGGCGAAGGGAGGAGGAGAGACGAAGAGAAGAAGAAAGGAGAAAGGAAGAAGCGAGGAGAAGGGAAGAGGAGAGAAGGCGAGAAGAGGAGUUAAGAAGACAAGAAGAGACGAGAAGAAAGGAGGAGGAGUUAAGAAGACAAGAAGAGGCGAGAAGAAGAGAACAAGAGAUGAGACGGGAAGAGGAAAGAAAACGAAAAGAGGAGGUAAAACGGCGGGAAGAGGAGGAGAGAAAAAGAGAAGAAAAGAGAAAAGAAGAGGAAAGAAGAGAAGCGGUAAGAAGAAUACAAGAGGAGAAGAGGAGGCAAGAAGAGAUUAAGAAAGAGGAGCAGAGACGAUUGGAGGAAAAGAGAAAACGCGAAGAGGAAGCAAGGAAGGAAGAGGAAAGGAAACUGCAGGAAAUAAUACGUAUACAAGAAGAAAAACUGCGAGAGGAAGGACAGAGGAUUGAAGAACGAAGGCAGGAGGAGCAAAGAAGGAAGGUGGCGCAGGAGAGGCAAAGGGCGCAUGAGGCACGUUGGAGGGGAGAGGAGGUUGUGGUGGAGGCGACGGCAGAACUGGGAAGCGAGGAGGUGGAGGAACAGCGACGCAUGGAGGAGAUGAAGCGGCAGGAGGAGGAGAGGAUGAAACAUGAAGCUGAGGCCUAUGAGAGUUACCGUCGCCACCUGGAGGAGAAGAAGCGUGCACACUACUACGACUCCGAUGACUACGCCUCCGAGUGGGACAGCGUGCCCGAAGAGGAUGUGGAUGAGUCGCCGCCCGUGCAGGAGAAGUUCACCGAGCUGCGUGCCCAGAGCGAGGAGGAGCUGUACGAGGCGCAGGAAAAGUCCAUACGCAACUUGGAGAGGCAGAUCCGCAAGCAGAGUGAGCGGGAAAAGCGCCGAAAGUCCGCUGAACGAGCCAUGUCAGACUCCGAGCAGUACCGCCACCAGGUAAAGAUCUUCCAGUCACAGCAACUCCAGCACCAAGCACCGAAGCAGCAGCCACAGCCGCUCUCAGCACCGCAGCAACAGAAGACAGCCACUCAGAAGUCGGACCAGAGCGCGUCACAGAGAAACGCGUCCAGCACAGGGGACUUGCGGAGCACCAAGACUCUGCCUGUGACCAAGUUCAGUCCGGACCCAAUGGAGUUCGGCUUCAGGCCCAUCGAUAAGCCCCACGGCAAACUGUCCAAGUCAACGGGUAACCUAAGCGGCGGGGCCUCGGCGGCGGCAGCGGCGGCCGUGGCAGGAGCGGAGGCUGGAGCCGGUGCCGGGGCGGGGGUGCUGAAGGAGGCCAGCAGGGAGACGGCAGGGGCGUGGGCGCUGCCUCACUGUCUCUCCAGCAGCCUCGGAGAUCUCCAACAGGUGUCAUCAAAGCCGCCACUUCCGUCCAGCAGGAGCCGCACCAGACUGAGGCACGCGACCAGCGAGGAAACGCUCUCACGCCCGCACGCUGCCCGCCCCUCGGAGGACCCGCGGCGCCACACCUACGCCGCGGGGGAGAAGGAGGAGGCUUACCUGCAGGAGGACUCAAGCCAGGGCGACAUUGACCCCGUGGACUACUCGCGCCUCCUCAGCGAGUACUACGCGGCUUACUACGAGGCCUACUACCAGAGCUACUUCAGACGCCAGCAAAGCCAGUUGAAGGGCGGCGGCAUGAACACAGCCGGAGCACCACCACCACCACCACCUCCACCCAUCCCCAGCGUCCUCCCUUCGUCCCGUCUUCCCACUGAGAUCCCGCCGCGCGCAGCCCCAGUCAUGAACCCGCCGGCAGCCCUCGCAGGAGCCAUGAUGAAGGACAAGAAGCCCUUCACCUACACCCCCGGAGGCAUCGACCUCUCUGAGAUUAAGUCACCAAGGAUGCAGAAGCGGCUACUCAGGAACGCUCAAUUAGAGGGUGUGCGGCCAUCCCCCCUGGCCCAGCAACCCCCCCAAGUCCCAGGUAGUUCCUCUGGGGCGGCACCUGCUGCCUGCCAGGGCAUAGCAGUACAGGUGCUGCCAAUGCCGGGCAUGGGCAUGGGGCCUCAGCCACCUCCUCAGCCAAAGGAACCACCUAAGCCCAAGAGGAAUGUGUGUGGACCCCCUCCUCCUCCUCCACCCUUUGUAGUCGGAUCAGAGAGCAGCUUCACCUUGCCAGCACCCGCCCCGCCACAGACCACCAUCACCUCUCCGCCCACCAUCGCUUCUCCACCUACUUCCCCUCCUACUCAGGCGCACCAGCCCGCCGGCGACCUUGGAGCCUCCAUCCCUGCGGCCCCGCCUCCACCCCCGAGCUCCGCUGCGAGGCGCUCCUUCCAACCCUCCGCAACACCUUCCACACCACCACCUGCGAAAGCUGCCCAACGUGAGCCCUCUCCGCCCCCUCCACCACCACCCCAAGCUGUGAGCAUCCCCACUACUCCUCCCUUUACCCAGGAGCCUCCCCUCUCGCCCCCCGUCGUGAAGGCGCCCGUGGCACAGCCACCGGUUGUGCCUUAUUCGGCUCCCUCUCAGCGAGAGCCACCUAAUCAACCUUGGGCAGAACAGUUCCCAGCAGCUGAUGAUGAAGAAUCGUCACAGUCGUAUCAGCCACCAAGCGCUAACCAGCUGCCUGCAGGAAAAGUGCUGUCUCCUGGUUACAGGGAGGAACAGCCGAGCUUCAGUUUGAGUCCAUCGCCCCCGAGACAACAGCCAACAGAGGACCAACACCUUCCCGUACAAGAGGUGCCCGUUUAUGAGCCUCCAACGAAUAUACCGCCAACACUCCUUGAGGAGAGUGAACCCGAAGAGCCGUCACCUGACAGGGAAGAAUCACCUGAGGAGGAGAGUGAUGUCCCAGAGCCUUCGCCUGUCAGGGAGCCUUCCCCUGCCAAGGAACCCUCGCCUGCCAUACAGCUGUCACCUGCUCAACAAGCUGCGUCACCCAUUGCACCGUCACCGAUCAAGGAACCGUCACCCUUCAAUCAAGGCUCUUUCAAAGGCUCUUCACCUGCUAGUUCCAUUAAGAGUCCUUCUCCCGCUAGACAGCCAUCUAAAGAAGCUUCACCUCAGCAAGGAUCCAUUAAUGGUCCUUCACCUCCUAUACAGUCGCCUCCGAGGAAUGAGUCUCCUGCAGUGGUCAAGGAGCCUUCGCCCGCCAUUCAUAUACCUGCUCAGGAACCUUCACCUGCUAAGGAGGCUCCCCCUACUGAGGAGGCACUAGCAAAUAUUUCUCCCGUCCAGCCACCGCUGGUCAAAGAGCCUCCUCCAGAAAGCAGAGCAUCAGCAGAGUCCUCUAACGCCGCUCAUCAGCCUCGAAUCUCCGAGUCCUCUCCCGUCAGAAAAAGUGAGCCACCCCUGCCUUCCUCCCCGCCUGCCCCAACAGAAGCUCCGGUGAGUGAGUCGGCGCCAUGGAGACGAGCAGCAGCCAAGGACACAUCUGCCCCGUCAGCAGCGGCACAGACCCCUCAGCCAGGCGCUCAGUCCCCCAACAUAAUGGCCUCACCCCCGCCGUCUGUGAUAAAUUCUGCUCCAGUAAAAGAACAAAAACAAAUGACUUAUCCUGUGAUACCAACAGUUGCUCAACAACCUGCCCCGAGAAACGUACCCGCAACAUCUGUUUCGGCGAGGGAAGCUCCAGCGAGGCAAACCUCCCAGCCAGAGCCUCCACGCGUCACUCAGAUACCCAUUCAGCGGCCUGGCGCGGCGAACCAGACACCAAAGCAGCAGCAGCAACAACCGCUGCAACAACAACAACAACAACAGCAGCAGCACCAGGAGCAGGACCAGCAUAAGAUAGCCACUACAGGACACCAGGUAGUGUGGCCUCCCGCUCCUCCUACGGGAGAAUCGAGCCAGCCCGUUACGCGACACAUCCCCGUGCGCAUGGCCUCUCCCCCGCCCAGCUCCUCGCCUGUUUCACAUCCACCCAGUCAGAAAGGAACAAAACUAGUUCGUCAAUCGUCUCUCCCCACUAAAUCCUCUCCGCCGCAAGUGUCUCCUCCCAACGCUCAACUUGGAUCCAUCAGCAUCCCCUCCACCAGUGAUGAGGAAUCCCCACUGUCCCCAGCCAGCGAUAAGAGUUCCCACGUCAGCCCCUCCACAGGCCUCAGCCGAACACCGCUGCCUUGGAUGUGCCCCCCGAAGCAAGACUCAUCUCCUCCCCCCUUCAUCGUGUCUCCGCCUCCUAAUGCACAGCAGAGGCACCUGAACCAGCUGAACCGCAUCAUUCGGCAGAAGUCUCUUGGCCCAGACUCAGCCCCCUCCCAGCCCCUUGCUCAGGCCACCGUCAUGCCCCAGCCAGAUCUGCUCCAGCAUUCGGGACUUCAGAGACAGUGGUCACUUCCGCCAUCUCAGCAGCAGCAACAACAACAGCAGCAGCAGCCACCCAGAAUGCAGCAGCAACAGCCACCGCAGCAGCAAGCCCGCACUAUCCCUAUUCAUGUUCAACGUCCAUAUCAGAGCCAGGCCAUCCCCGUACACAUACAACGACAGCAACAGUAUCAACAGCAGCAGAAACCACAACAACAGCAACGCCAGCAGCACCAGCCUAGAGAGCGCAUCAUUCCCAUCAUGAUUGAGCAAGACGACUUAAUUCAGAGCAACGCCUCGAACUCGGUCCCAGCGCCCCGAAACACGUUUACUCCAAUUAGUAUCAUGCGGCAGCAGUCUGAACCAACCUACCGACAGACCCAGCCGGCCGUGCAGCGACAGCCAGCCUUCCAGACCCAGCAGUCCUACCAGAGUCAACCAACCUUCCAGCCCCAACCAUCCUACCAGCCACAGCCGGCCUUUCAACAGCCUUCACAGCCGGCCUUUCAACAGCCUUCACAGCCGGCCUUUCAACAGCCUUCACAGCCGGCCUUCCAGCAACAGCAGCAGUGGCAGCAGUAUCCCCAACAGCAAGCACAGCCACAGCAACAGCAGUGGACAAACUCCCCCGGGGCAGCCUUCUCUCCACCUCAGUUCCCUUCCUCGCCCAUGGCUGGAGGUGCGAACAACGGGGCAUUCCUUCCCUACAACUCCCCGGCUGGCCUGUAUUCCGAUAGCAAUGCCCUAGACGCCCUCCACCAGAUGCAACAAAGCCUUGCCCACCUCAACUCAGGCAUAGAGAACGUGUUCCCAAGGUUCAUUCAGAAAAAAAUGUCGGACUCUCUAACACCCCGAAGAGCUGAAUCUAGUUCCCCUCACCAGAACGGCGAAGGAGUGGACCCAGGGCCGCCCGUGCAGUCCCGAUCCUUCCGAGUCCUGCAGAACGUCCUCAGCCAGGAUGUGGCAGAUGGUCCCACUAAUGGUGCCCCCAUGAGAGUGGAGGUUCCCCUUGGGACAGGAAGUCCUGCCACCCACCGGCGAGGGUCCCAGAUGAACACUGUGAACAAGGCUGCUCAGCCGAGGGGCUCUUUCUCUCAGUCCAAUGGCAGCCAAAGGGGGCCAGUGUCCCUCGCUAACAUGGGACAGCGAAACUCAAUCAGUAACGCUGGGAAUCCCAUCAGCCAGGUCAAGGGAGGCUCAGAGCAGCAGAAUGGCGGGUUUAAGGUGAUCCCUAUUCAGCAGGAUGUCAAAAUUACUCCUAAGAUGGGAGGAUUUAAGACCAACAACUCCAAUGGCAAUGAGUUAUCUAGCAUUUUUAGGAAUCAAGUGCAAGUGUCCAACGCCAAUGAUGAAGCACGGAGCCGAGGGGGCUACUACCCCCAAAGGACUGUGGUUGUCAAUCAGAGCUGUGAGCCGCAGGGACCUGUCCACAUUCCCAACCUUCGCCAGCCGCAGAAGCCAACUCCUCUGCAGCAGCCGGUUCAGUACCAGCCUCCCUCCCACCAGCAGCCAUCUAUCUACCAGCAGCCAGGUGUCGUUAACAACUCUGCCUCGUCUGAUGAAGCUCCGCCUGAGCCCAAGAAGUACAUGGGGGGCAGCAUCCCCUCGCGCUCCUUCAGGAUGCUGCAGGCCAUGACUUCUGCAGAUGAUGCAUCAGACAACGGAGCUCCUGCCAGUGGGUCAGAGGCCUCCCACCCACCUGACAGCGACACACAGCAUGCAGCCAGUCAGAUCCCCUCUCCUGCCUGGAAAACCUCCACUCAGGGCUCCCCACCAUCCCUCUCCCCCACCUCCACUCUCAUCACAACAAAUGACAAUUCCUCUGAUAGUGGGAUUUCCUCUCCUUCCAAAGUGUCUCCCUCUUACACUACCACUAUGGACAGUAAAGUAUACAGACAUGUUUCUCCUAAAGUCAAUCUAUCUGGACCCAAACAAGAACGCUUUGUCAACUCCGCUCUCACUGCCAAGGAACCGUCAUCUCCAUUCUCUACAGGCACGGCAUCACCAACUUGGGUGAAUAGUCACACAUCAAAAUUUUUCUCUGCUACACAUCCGACACCAACAGUGGUUAAAUCACAUGAAGAUGAACAGGAAUGCCCCAGGCUUAUGAAAAUUAUUAGGCAGGAAUCAACGAGCUCCCAAAACAGCCAGGAGGGAACGGAGAGACGCUAUGAAGGAGCCCACAUUCCCUCGCGUGUGUUCCGGCACCUGCAGACAGAAUACGCAGGCUCGUCAGAUGACGCCACUGAUGCAAACCCUCGAGUAAACUCUGAGGCCAAGGGUAUUCCUUCAAGGGUUGUGAGGUCUUUUCAGAACAGUGGUAUGAACCCUGAUAAGUCAGGUUCUUGUGGAGAACUUGAUGAUUAUCAGUGUAAUGGGAUGUCAAGAACGGCUGCACACAAAGAUACAGUCCUCAAGGAACUCACCUCUCAGUUUGACACCAUGGGCACCAGGAAGAAGCCAAGAGCUGCUCCUGGAAAGGUGUUCCGUCAAAUCCAAGUUCAAUAUGACACCCCAGAGGACCAGGAGGAACCCCAGCCUGAGGAGGUUCACAACUUUGGAUAUCGAGGAUCAAAGUUGCCGUCACCAUCCUUCAGGUUCCUACAGAAUCAGUAUCACCAGCAGGAGAAGCCUGAGGAGGUCACUAGUGAGGACAGCCAAGUCCACAAUGCCCCAGAGUAUGAGCAUGAGCCACUCCCUUACCAGGGCGCUCGCCUGCCUGGCCGCACCUUCAGGUCCAUCCAGGAGAACAUGGGUGCACAUCCCUCGGUUCUCAGGCCCAGGAAGUGAGGACAGAUAAGCUUCUGUUUAUAGAUUCUUUCUAAGGAUAGAAAUUUCAGUUUUCUAUUUUCACAUACGCAACCCUUUUCUGGAACAAAAGUUUAUCCUAAUUAUAUUAAUUCUCAAACAAAAAACAGAGAACUGGAUGUUGAUCACUAUGAAAUUGUCAAAGUAUAUUAAAUGAAAUAUUUGCACAUAACUGUAGUAAAAUAAACUUUCAUAUGUAUGCAUUUUGACUACAGUCUGCUAAUUACAUGGCCAACACUUCAUUAACUGAAGCAGUUACUGUGCCCCUUCAUCAGUAAAGAGGCAGAAACUAUAAGAGUGGUGCUUCGUGGCGCUGUUUCCUAUACUCAUCAAAGGUCUGUUCCGACACAAUUACUGGUUGUCACAAAGAAUAUGCAAGUAAUGUAUUUGUAGUACAAUAUGUUUAUGCUUCAGUGUAGCCUAUAAGCUAGCUUUAUGAAUGCUUAUUGUAGUAUAUAUAUGUAGAUUACCAUAUUUCAAAAUUAGUUUUAGCAUAUUCAUACAUAUAUUUAAUUGCAUUCAUAUAUACAUACAUUUUAUCCUUAUGUAUAGUGCAUGUGUAUAUAAAGAUUAUAUACUCAUAAUCAGCGGCAUCUCUUAGACAUAACAGACACUUAAACAGUUAAGAAUUUCAGUUGAAUUUGUCCUGAGAACAUUGUCACUGCCAUUAGUGAUGAGAACCUCAAUUCUGAAAAUAAAACUGUGUUGAUUUGAAUUGUGAUAUUAGUGUAGUGCACGGCGUGCACCAUAUGAGCUUAUCUGAGAUGUGUCCCUCUCGCCACCAUCAGGAGAUAUAAUGUGAAGGAAUAUUGCCUUUACCAAAAAAGAAUGUUACACUUGACACAAAAUUACAAGAUGGUUAAUUUGGUUUCUUAGAUUUUUAGUUACAUUGUACUCACUUGGUCUAGCAUAACCACACACACACACACACACACACACACACACACACACACACACACACACACACACACACAACACACAUUCACCAUUCCAAUGUCUAAUUUUUAUUUGAUCUUAUUUUUUAUCAACAUUUUGAUUAUGUACAUUUUCAUUUUCUUGUCUAAAUUUACUCAUAUUGUUUUCUUUGAGUAAAGUCAUUUUCUUGAAACAAAAUCUUGUUGAUACUUAAAUAUCUAUGAAAGCCAUCUCAUAAUAGUUAGGAUAUAGUUGUUAGUGCACCUUCAGCUCAGCCACAUCUACUUGAAUCAGAAUAGUGAACAGCACAAACAUAGAUUUAUAUCUCAGGAAAUUUGAUGGUGUUAUAAAAUGCUUAACCUGGUAGCAGCGACGGGCCAAAUUUGUGGCUUUACCGUGUGCCAGCGACGGGGCAAAUUUUUGCCAUGAUAUAACCCCCCAAAAAUAGAUGAUGCAUAAACUGAUCACAAAUGCAUUGAUAUAUAUUAUGAAAUAGUUUGCAUGAGUGAUGAUUUUCUCUCAUUUUUCUCGCUUAGAGGGGCCUUUAAGAAACAUGAUCCCCGCAGCUACCGGGUUAAAUGUAUUGUGAGCAUCCUGUCAUUAGCUUCAUACUGCGACGGUGCUUCAAGAGGGUUUUGCUUGCAGAGGUGGCAUGGGUGGUCAUGUAUUUGUCAAGUUUUUUAAGAUUAGAGAAAGAGGAAAUUGUUUUUCUCUGUAGCCGUUAGAAACUAAUCGUCUUAGGCUAUACCCGUGUCUGAUGUGACUCUGGCAUGUAGUCUUGCUUCCGUCUCCUAAGAAAGAGCCAUCAGGGAGUUGUACACCAUUUGCACUGUCUGUCUUGAUACAUAAAAAGAUACAUAAUUUUAUCUGAGAUUCUUGUUCUCCGUGUUUUACCGUUCAGUUUACCCUCAUGCUCCCCCUCCCCUGAAAAGCAGUCCAUAUAUUACUCCAACCAUGAAGACACAUUGCACCCUCCACCUCCACACCCUCUGUAGCACCAGCACCCUUCCGGUCCUCACCACCCCCUCCUCUGCUGACCCAUCCUAGUGUUGUCUUCCAUUUGGCUUGCUUGUGGUGGUGUUGAGGAUUUUGUUCGGUUGCAGGUCCGGGCCAGAGUGACUUAUAAAUCCCUUCAGCAGUGAGGCUCGUGCACAGAAGUCGACCGUCUGUGUGACAAUACUUCCACACCUCUGGCUGGUGUGGAACCGUGUUAAGAGUACAUAGUUAAAAUUUGCUUAACUUUGCUCUCCACUCCUCUUCCUGAAGAUGUGAGAGUUGGCAAAGGGACGAAGGUGAUGAGGAAAAAGUCCAUGUUAGUGCCUUUUCUAUGCUGUGAGUGAAUAAUUCAAAAUCAGGUUUUGUUGAUCAUUCAAAAUCCAACAAGAAACUAAUAUAUUUUGAUAACUUACAGACUUGUCAUUGUUUAGUGUUGUAAUAAUGUUAGCUAAACUAUUAUGUUUCAGUAGGUACAGGGGAGUGUCGUGGAAUUUUUUCCACUUCUCAGAGCACAUGAGAAAUUGAUCUGUUCAGGAGGAUAAAUCUUUUUCCAAACAUUCCCCCUGGGACAUGAACCCGGGCCCCCAAGACGGGAGGGCAGACAUGCUAGCGUCAAGUCAAAGGGAUUAAUAAUGGCCUUUUGGAGUCUUUAUCAGCAUCUGGGGGCCAUUACAAAAGGCAGACGAGUGCAUGGAGAUACCAGUGACUUGCGGGAGCAUACUAAGUCUGUGGUGAUAGCAGUGCCUUUUUGGGAAUGGACCCAAUGCCUCAGUCCAUUGCAGGGCAAGGCUGAGGCUCCUGAUGCUGCUCACUGGGUUGUCUUAGUGCAAUGUUCAUAGGUGGUCCCUCAGCACAGUUAAAAAUCCUACUUUUAUAUGGGGUGUAAUUUGAUAUCACCAUCCACGUGAUCUUAUUUCAAGGAUCUUUGUGCUAGAACUAAAUGUUGCAAAUGACAAAGUUUUAAUAAUUUUUUGUUACAUUGUGAAGGAAGUCUUGUGGUGUGCCUGCUGAGUGAACUAUUGCCUUCACUUUCUCAGCCUUGUAUAGUUCCUGGUCUUGUGAUUAACUGUUAUGUAAAUUUGCAUCGUUGUUGGUGCAUAUUUGAUGUACUACUCAGCAUUGUGGGGCAGAGCUAAUUUUUUUUUUACAUAGCUUAUAUUUUUUGACUGGUAAUGACUCACUGAGGAUAUUUGAUUGUGAUAUAUUGAAACACAAACGCCCUAGUGUGGCAUUGUGUUAUAACAGUUGUGCAUCUCUUUGCACAUUAUUAUUGGUUUUAGUCGUUUUCUGUGAAGGUCUUCUUUCCCACUUAAACUUGUGUAUUUUUGUGCUGCUUCUAACUGAUACAGGAGUGUUUGUAGGCUUUUGCAGGGAAGAACAUUAUUAUCAUAGAAUAGGCAAAGAUUCUGGUUUACAUGUAAUUGUUUUGUAUCUGGAUUGAAAUAAAUAUCCAUAACCUUA